AGCUGAUGCUCAUGAUGACCAAAUUAAGUAAGGGACAUGCAUGUUUGUGUAGGCAGCUCUGGAGAUGUUUCUAGAUGUCUGCAGGGUUUUUGUUCCUGUACCCAAUUGGACGAAUUGAUGUUGGCCCCUCCACAGCUCCAGAGUCGACACACACAUGCAUGCUCUGAGCUGAGCUGAGAUCCAUUAAAGCAGCUAGCUGGUAACGCUUUUGCAUGCUGGCAGUGGCAAUGGAGGAGCAGUCUUCUUCUGCUUCUUGGUGUAACACGGCGGCGGUGCCCCCGGGGUUCAGGUUCCACCCCACGGAGGAGGAGCUCGUCGGCUACUACCUCGCCAGGAAGGUCCAGGCCAGCAGCAACAGCUCCUCCCAGAACAAGAUGAACAAGAUGGACGUCCUCGACAUCAUCCAGGAGGUCGAUCUCUACCGCAUCGAGCCUUGGGAUCUCCAAGAGAGGUGCGGCAAGUACGGCGGUGGCGGCGGAGGAGGAGGAGGGCAGGAGGAUCCGGCGAGGGAGGAGUACUACUUCUUCAGCUACAAGGACCGCAAGUACCCGAGCGGCACGCGCACCAACCGCGCCACCGCCGCCGGAUUCUGGAAGGCCACCGGCAGAGACAAGCCCGUCAUGUCGUCAUUGUCUUCUUCUUCAUCUUCUCCGGCGACGGCGAUGAUGAUGAUCGGGAUGAGGAAGACGCUGGUGUUCUACCGUGGGCGGGCGCCUAACGGCCGCAAGACCGACUGGAUCAUCCACGAGUAUCGCCUCCAAUCCAACCAGCACGCGCCCACACAGGAGGAAGGGUGGGUGGUGUGCCGCGCGUUCGUAAAGCCGCUGCCCAACCAGCAACAGAGGUUCUCCUCUUCCUCCUACGGCGGCAGCGGGUACCCGAUGAUGAACGGCGGCGGCGGAGGCUACGGCUUCGGCUCCAGUUACUACUACUCCGACAACUACUCUCCUAGCGCGCGGCUCAUGGUGGCCGGCGGCGGCGCACCACCGCAUGAUGAACAUCACCAUGGCGUGGCAUCGGCGGCAGAGUCCAAGCAGCAGGUGCAACACUUCUCCUCUGCCAUCUCCGGCGACAUGCCACCGCCGCUCCGGAGCCCCACGACGCUCAACGGCGCCUGUGCUGCUGCUUCUACUGAUGAACAGCUCGCCAUGGCAGCCGGAACGCCGACGACAGUGGACUGGAACUUGUGGAGCAGCUUGCUGCAGCCACCGUCCACACCGCUGCCGCAGCUCUUCCACGGCCAGCCGCCGCCGGCAGCAGCUCCUACCACGAGCUCCUCGAAGAACAAUUGACGCUAUACAGAUGUGCAAAGAUUAACGUACUCAAGUGAUCUUGACCGAUUAACUACAUAUACAUGACAAUUAAUCGAUUGAUCAUAUGCAAUGGGAAGAGUAUAUAGUGUAUUAAUUUGAAGACCAUAUUUUACAUCUGCUUCACUAAUAUUUACCGCUUCCAUUUUUAUAUAUUGUACAUCAUAGGAUAUGUAUACACGAAAACAACAAUACAUUAUACAUGUAAUUUCAGUACUGAUCAUGACAACA